GUCCCAGUGCAAGGGAAGGGAUGAGCCUUUAAAGUUCGGGGCUUCAUCUCAUUGCAGGGAAUUUGAAAAGAAGAAGAAGAAGAGGAAGAAGAAGAAGAGGAAAAAAAAAGGGGGCGAGGAAGGAAAAGUCCCGCAAUCUAAAACUUACAAAUAGCGCGAAGCCUUCAGUUGCGGCCAACUUCCCCGGAGCUGUUUUAUUUUUUAUUUUAUUUUUUUUAUUAUUUUCCCUUCUUCUUUUUCCCUCCCCCUGCCCUUUUUUUGCAGAAAGAGAAGAGUCCUGCCGUUCUUUCUCUCCGCUUUUCUCACCCAAUUCCGAGUCCGCGCUUUUUUUCUUAGCCGCCUCUCCUCCUCCCUCCCUCCCACCCCCGUUUACCCCCCCACCCCCCCACCCCCAAUGCCAACCAUGAUAGAAAAGGGCCCAGAGGUCUCGGGGAAAAGAAGGGGCAGGAACAAUAAUGCCAGCGGCGCGGCCAACGCUUCCAACAGCGCCUCCGCCAGCGCCAACAACGCUAACAAUGGGAAUAAUAAAAGUUUGGCAGCGGCAGCAGCGCCCAAUGGGAAUAGCAGCAGCAACAACUGGGAGGAAGGCAGCUCCGGCUCUUCCAGCGAUGAGGAGCACGGAGGAGGAGGAAUGAGAGUGGGACCCCAGUAUCAAGCGGUUGUUCCUGACUUUGAUCCUGUUAAACUUACCAAGCGAUCUCAGGAGAGAGAGAGAGAGAAUCUCGGUAUGCUGGUUUGGUCACCCAAUCAGAAUAUUUCAGAAGCAAAAUUGGAUGAAUACAUUGCUAUUGCAAAAGAAAAACAUGGGUACAACAUGGAACAGGCUCUUGGGAUGCUGUUUUGGCACAAACAUAACAUCGAGAAAUCCCUGGCAGAUUUACCCAAUUUCACCCCCUUCCCAGAUGAAUGGACAGUUGAAGACAAAGUAUUGUUUGAACAAGCUUUCAGUUUCCAUGGGAAAACUUUUCAUCGAAUUCAGCAAAUGCUUCCUGACAAAUCAAUAGCAAGCUUGGUAAAGUUUUACUACUCCUGGAAAAAGACAAGAACCAAAACAAGUGUCAUGGAUCGUCAUGCACGAAAGCAAAAAAGAGAAAGGGAAGAAAGUGAGGAUGAAAUGGAAGAAGCAAAUGGAAAUAACCCUAUUGACAUUGAGGUUGAACAAAACAAGGAGAGCAAAAAAGAGAUCUCUCCAUUGCAGAUUCCUCCCGUGGAAACAAUUCCUCAGGUAAAGAAAGAAAAGCACAGUACCCAGGCUGCUAAGAACAGGGCCAAGAGGAAACCUCCCAAAGGAAUGUUUCUCUCUCAGGAAGACGUGGAAGCCGUGUCUGCCAACGCAACCGCUGCCACCACUUUGCUCAGGCAACUGGAUAUGGAGCUCGUCUCCAUCAAGCGACAGAUUCAAAAUAUUAAACAAACAAACAGCUCUCUGAAAGAGAAACUUGAAGGGGGAAUAGAGCAAUAUAGGUUACCAGAGGUAACAUUGAAAUUUAAUGCACGCUGGACCACAGAUGAACAGCUUCUUGCAGUGCAAGCAAUCAGGAAAUAUGGUCGUGAUUUUCAAGCAAUCUCUGAUGUCAUUGGAAACAAAUCUGUGGUGCAAGUGAAAAACUUUUUUGUAAAUUAUCGGCGGCGUUUUAACAUAGACGAAGUUCUACAGGAGUGGGAAGCUGAGCAUGGGAAGGCCGAGACAAAUGGAACCAGUACACAGAAACCUGUCAAAUCCCCGGAUAAUACUAUUAAAGUAUCUGAAGAAGAAGAUGAGGUAGCUACUUCUGUUUUGGAUGUCAGAUAUUCAUCCACUUCAUGAAAAACUCAGGUAGCCUUGAACAAUGUUAUGUUUGACUACUAUGCUAUCUGAAAUAUCAGGUAUUAGCAAAACUUCGGACAGCCAUCUGCAUCAUAACUCUGUGGACAAGCAGCUAUUACCAAAAACGAGAGAGAGAAAGAGAGAGGACAGAUCACAAAUAUGGGCAAACACUACUGUUCCUGUUCUGUAUUUGCCUUAACUUUCUCUUCAAUCUUCCCAACCAACCACCAAUCCAAUCUCUGCAACUCCUGGAACAAGCUCUCAGAUUUCAACACCAUCAAGUUUUAAAGCAUCAGUGACUUCUUGAACCAUCUACAUCCCUUUCUGUAAACUUUGAUUAACCAACCUGGCUCCUCGUCAUGUUCACAAGUUACCUCCUGACAUCAGGGGCAUUUCUAAAAAAAUACUCUGUAUUAAGAUAAUAGUAUGCAUUUCUAUAUGCCCUUGUAUGAUUUAAACUUAUUUUUUAUGAUAUAAUCAUUGCUGAUAAGGUAACCUUUUAUUUUAUUUUUUUAAUGAGUGAGUUUCCUGUUAAGAAACGUAUUGUGUUUAGGCUAAUUAAUCCUUUCAAAAGUGAUGUCCUCCAGUGGUCCCAAUACUUGGAGGAAAGCUGUGCUAGUUGGUCUAGUAGUUUAUUUGAAAUUAAUGAGGGGGGGGGGGAGAUGUGAUUUUCAGAAUAGAAAACAGAUUUUUCCUGUGUCUUAAUUCUGUUCUUAUAAUCAAUUCCUCCUUAGAAAGCUCACUGAUAUUAAUUGUGAUUUUUAUUAUUAUUAUUAUAAUUAUUAUAAUGAACCUUUUUAUUUAGUGCAAAAGGGAAUGUGCAGUGUGUAACCUUGCUUUGAUUCUAUAUAUACAUAUACUUUGCCAUUCAGUGGACUUGCAUUAUAAUCUCUAGGUGAGUAGCAAAAUAAGUGAUUUGAUUGGAUAUCCUGGGGUUUAAGACAUAGCAACAGCUUGUUCUAAUUUGAGGUGCUUUUAGACCGCUGCAUUGGGGACCUCAUUUUCUAUUGAGGUGAGUGGAAGCUACCUCUUAGCUUUCCAUGGUUAAUUGCUGGUCUGGAUGAGAGCUUAGUAGCAGUAAUCACAAAUCCAAAAUAGAGUGCAUCAGUAGUUAAAAUGCUUGUUGGCAAGUAAUCUUCCAAUCAUACAUUUUAUUCCAUUUCCACCCAAGCCAUGGCUCUCCUCAGAUGACUCUAGGCAUUUGGCUUUGACAGCAUGAGAGGUCCAUUCUUCUAAAAGAUGCACAGAUGUGGGGUUUUUUAAAUCAGUGAGUUAGUUCUAACAAUAGAAAGUUAAGUUAGUAUUUUAUUUGGGCAUGCAGCAAUAUUUCCCCCCACAUUGACUUUGGUAUCUUCUCAAUUCAAAUGCACAAAUCAGAUAAAAAUGAACUUGUAACUACAGUUACUUUUUCAGUUCCUGAAGACAGUGUGUGAAAUAAUUUACCCCUAGCAAUUGAUUUAACAAUUAACAACUGCAAAAAAAUGUUUCCUUCACUCAUAGCUUAUUAUGUUAGGGCUUGCCUUUGUCAGCUAGGAUUGACUCACCUAUUUACCAAUUAAUAAUUAAAUGUUGCAAUGACACCACAACAAGUGCUAGAAAAACACCAGAAAUGUUUGAGUUGGGUGACCCUGGUCCGGGCAUAACCAUUAAGGAAAUCUUUCUCUGUCUGUAAGAAGAGAAGCCAUGGAGAAGUCUUAAGAAUCAAUAGAGAAUAAAUCUUUAAAAAGAAUGACAAACAGCUGGUAUAAUGUAGAACAGAGAAGUAGAAAAGCCCUAAGAUGCAUAUGGCAAAACCCAUGUGCCCCCCCCCCCAAAUUAUCUUCCAGUAAUACUGCUUUAUGUUUAUGAAAUCUGACUCAAAUUAUCAGCUCUGGGAAAUUGUUAUUUUGUGUAUUUUAAAUACCCAAUUCAUGCUUCUCCAAUUUGGCGUUACAGGAUGUGUUGAUAUUUUAGUCUUUAGUUACGCUGUUUGGAAAUGUAGGCGUCAUCUGGAGGGUGCCAGGUUGAAGAAACAGAUUUAUUCUCUUUAUGUGAAGCUGAGUGUUGCUAAACACUUUAAAAUGUUUUGAUAAAGAAUUGGCAUAUUUUAAUUAUGUUAUAAGGCAAACUUGGUAUAUGAUCCAGUCCUUUUGGGUGGGUGGGAUGAUUUUUUAAAUCUAGCUACAAUGAUAGGCAGUGUGCAAUUUUAUAAAAUCUGAAAAAUAUAUAUGUAAAUAUUUUAUAUUCUAUUAGCAAAAAAAUUAGAAUAAGAUAGAGCAGCAGAAGUGGACUGCCUGAAAUCUAUGUUAGCUAAGAGCUAAAAUGUAUGAUAAUUGCUUUAUGUGAUGUGUGUAUUGUUGGGUUGUACCAUUUUAGACUGCAGCAAAAAUUGAAUGUUCAUAAGCUCCACCAUAUUUUUAUACACAAAAAUUUGGAAGAACAUAUGCACAGCUUUGUACAUUGUUGCAUACACACGUUCUACUUAAUUUCCUUGGUCACAAAUGGGUUGAACCAACUAUAAUGGUUGGUUCAACCCAUGGUUCACAGAUAACAAUGGUUAUAACUAUGGGUCACACAACAUGCUAAACCAAAACAAAAUGAGAUAUAUUCCGCAUUUUUGUUUAUCUGGAACAGAUAUUGCAUUGAUAUUCAGUUUGCCAAAAACCAGUGAUCUGAGUCUUUCUAAAUUACUGUCUUUUAAACAAGUUAUAACAAUGUUUGCACUUUUUUUUAAAAAACAACAUUGAUAUGUAGAUUUCUUAAAACAAAUUUACAGUUCAUUUCUUUCAUCCCUAUUCGUUUCAGUAACAUAUAAACAACAUUCCUUCUUCUUGAAUGACAUUACUAACUUAGUGACCCUAAAGCUGUUUAAUCCUAGUGAAAAACAGAUGAAUACAAAGUGAAGGUUCCUUUUAAUGUGGUGCUAAUAGUAAGUAAUCCAUAGAAGUGGUUUGUCCUUCUUCUCCAAACAGGCCCCAGGGACCUCCUGAAUAGAAUGAGAGAGGAGGAGGAGGAGGAACUGGGCUUAGGAGGUCAUAGUAACUGAACAGAAAUCUCUCUCUCAUGAGCAGAAACAUCAUCUGUAUACCAUCCAGAUUUUUCUAGAACAAAGGUGAACAAGACAAAAGUUCAUUAGGUAACUAGUUCCUUGAACAUAAAUGAAUUAAAUCAUAUUUUCAUUAUGACAUUGUUAACAUUUAAUCACUGCUCCAGCCUCAAGUGGUACAAUUAAAUGAUGAAUCUAAUAAUCAUGUGGCUUAGCUCUGAAUACUAAUAUGUUGCAUUGCUCUCUUUUGUGAAUUUACCAAACAAUAUAAUCAGAAAAAGAUUCAGUUUUGGCUCAUUCCCGAGGAAAUUGACACAGAAUCCCUCUAUGAGGACGAUAACUUAUGUAUAUUUUCUCAUUGUUUCAUUACUAUCAUAUUGUAGAUUUCCCCCCUGUUAACUAAACUAUGCUUGUAAUUGUUCCAUUGUGAAAUGGAAAACUUAUUUAGCUUUUAGGUUUUUUUUAAAAAAAAAUCUGAUGUUUUUGUAUGGGACAAACCAGAUUUAUUGUUCAAGCAUUAUUUAAUCAAGGCUUCAUGUACUGAUUUCGAAGGGUCCACAAAGAUUGCUACAUAAUAUGUAAAACUCACAUUUUGUUUUCUUAAACUAGCAAUGUGAAUGUUAUAGUUAUAUAUAUUUUGUGGAAGAUGAAAAUUUUUAUUUCUUAUUAGGUAUAAAUUAUUGUGCAUAACUAUAGUAUCACAAAAAGUGAUAUUUCUUUUUUUUAAAAAAAACCAGCAAAACCAUAGUUUUAGAAAUCUUAACCAAUGUAUUGUAUAUGCACCAGAAUUUUACAUUUGUUCUAUUUAAUUUUUAAAUGUAGUUGUGUAACAUGACAGUAAAUUUUUCAUUUUCCCUGCCUCCUUGCUCCACUAGAAUACGUUAUUACUUGAAUAUUAUAUCUUAACUAGAUUGAAAUGCAGCAAUUAAACAUCUGUAAUCUAGAAUGAAGGGAACAGAGGAAGCAAUAUAUAUGAUUCCAUGUAUAAUACAGAAUUUCUUGUAACAUACAUGUACAAUCAUACAUGUUUAGUAGUAGUUAUAGUGGUAAUCCUGGCAAACAGGCUGUUGUAGACAUAUUUCAGGGAUUUUUAAAUACAUUUUGUGAAGUUAGCCUCUUUUACUGCUUCUUUCUUGUUAAUAAUAACAGUUACAGUGAUAGUGGGAUAUUGCACCCACUGGUUUGAGGUCCUGACCCAUGUGUGACUGUUAUCCCAUGUCUCCUCAUUUUCAACAGAAGCAGUGAAAGGAACCUCUUGCCAUUUAUGACUACACAGCUGUUAAGUGUUCAACAUAUUCAGGAAGUCUGCAUUUUCUGAUGUAGGUGAAUCUGGUCUUAUCUCUGCCUUUCAUGUCUUCUGCUAACCAGGCAGAGAUCAGACCCCGCAAUGAGUGUUGUGCAUGGAGGGUACCUAUGGAGAGAGAAGACGUUGGUCUUAUAUCACUCUGGAAGUGAAAUUAAAUCAAUGAAUUAGUAGUCUCUUUGGCUAUGUGUAAUUCUCUAAUAAGAAGAAAAAAGUUCCCUCUUUUCUAAAACCCAGUAGUUUUAUUGCAAUAUCAGCAGAUCAAAUUCAAGAGAGAGCUGCUUCUUGGGGUAGGGAGGGGGAGAAAUCUAUAGGUAUCUUGAGCUCAAGGAAUUAGAUUGAUUGUUCUGUGGCUCUUGCUCUGGGGUAAAACAAUACCCAGAUUUUCUCUGCACUUUUUUUUUUUUAAAGGUGUUAAAUUAUGAUCUUGGCAAUUUCCCCCAUUUUAGAUAGCUUUUGGCUAAAACAUUUUAAUUUAAAUUCUCUCCUCCUUUCCAUCAUUCUAAUAAGAUAUUGGUAUUCUUGCACAUCAAAUACGAGUCUAUCGUUUUGUUAGGUUAAUAGCUCACUGCAUAAAAGGGGUUUAUAAAAUUUGGAAUUUAACAUUAAUUUAAAAAGCAAAGGGUGCAAGCAGAAGUUAUAAGAAAGAUAUAACUCCUCCCUCCAGUCUAUAUUUUUUUAAAAUGUAGAAAAGAUGUGGGCCAAAGUAUACAGCUAAGGGCUGCUAUUGUUAACGAAGAUCAGAAUUUCAAUUUGAUUAGCUCCACUAUGGAUAGUAGCUAGUUGAAACCCAGCAUCUUGUGUGAUGUUCUACUCCAUAGAAGCGAUGCAGUUCUAGAUCCAAUUUGCUGGGCAUUGAGACUGCAUAGCUUUCAUUCAUUUCUACAGGGUGGGUGGGAUAGAAGUACAGGAAUUCCCUGGCUGCAUGUAUUCUUACAAAGGAGAGGGACUAUACAUCAACAGUGCCUGUUAGAUUGAUGCCUCUGUGGACGGUAAAGCACAAUUACUGCAAAAGCUACAGUUCUGAAACAGAAGGUCAGUAUAUGUCUGUGCAUGUUGUAUAUUAAUGAAUGUUUACAUUCAUGUUCUCAUUUAAAUUUAUAUUGGCGUGUAUAUUAUUGCAUUAUUUAGACCAUCCUCCUAGAACCUAUUGUAUUCCAGAUUUGUUGGAGCUUCAAUUCCCAAAAUUCUCAGCCAGCAUGAUUAUAUAUUUUGGGAGUUGUAAUCCCAUAACAUUUGGAGGACACCAAAUUGAGAAACAUUGAUAUAGUUUUUAUCAACUUAUGUUAAAUUCUCAUAGACAGCUUUUAUAGAUCUUUUCCCUCCCUCUCCAAUAUUUUAUGAUGUAUAAUGUUACGUUUGCAAAUAUAAUAAAAUUCUGUAUAGCCUUUGAACUGAUAAAAAUACUUUGCAUCA